CCAGCGUCACCACCCACUGGCCGCAGCCCACUGCCACCCCUACAGUCUUCCUGCCCCUUCCUCCUGGAUUCGGCUGUGAAAGGCUCCUCCAGGGCUCCUCUGGCUGGAGCAUGACCGGCCUCAAGGCAGCCUCCCCGGGCCUGAUGGCCAACUCUUCCCUGGCUGCGGCAGACCAGUGUGGCCAGGAGACAUGGCUGGAGAACGUCCUAUUCGCCUCCUUCUACCUCUUGGAUUUCCUCCUGGCUUUUGUCGGCAAUGCCCUGGCCCUGUGGCUUUUCAUCCGGGACCACAGGUCAGGCACCCCCGCCAAUGUGUUCCUGAUGCACCUGGCUGUGGCGGACCUGUCCUGUGUGCUGGUCCUGCCCACCCGCCUCGUCUACCACUUCUCAGGGAGCCACUGGCCAUUUGGGGAAAUCCUGUGCCGCCUCACUGGCUUCCUGUUCUACCUCAACAUGUAUGCCAGCAUCUACUUCCUCACCUGCAUCAGUGCUGACCGCUUCCUGGCCAUUGUGCACCCCGUCAAGUCCCUCAAGCUCCGCAGGCCCCUCUACGCCCACCUGGCCUGCAUCUUCCUAUGGGUGGUGGUGGCAGUAGCCAUGGCCCCACUGCUGAUAAGCCCGCAGACCGUGCAGACCAACCACACGGUCGUCUGCCUGCAGCUGUACCGGGAGAGGGCCUCCCACCAUGCCCUCGUGUCCCUGGCUGUGGCCUUCACCUUCCCGUUUGUCACUACGGUCACCUGCUACCUGCUGAUCAUCCGCAGCCUGCGGCAAGGCCCCCGCGUGGAGAAGCGCCUCCGGAACAAGGCAGUGCGCAUGGUCGCCAUGGUGCUGGCCAUCUUCCUGGUCUGCUUCGUGCCCUACCACGUGCACCGCGCCGUGUACGUGCUGCGCCGCAGCGGCCCCGGUGCCUCGUGCGCCGCCCAGCGCGCCCUGGCCCUGGGGAACCGCAUCACCUCCUGCCUCACCAGCCUCAACGGGGCCCUCGACCCUGUCAUGUACUUCUUUGUGGCCGAGAAGUUCCGCCACACCCUGUGCAACCUGCUCUGUGGCAAACGGCUCUCAGGACCGCCCGCCAGCUUGGAGGGGAAAACCAACGAGAGCUCACUGAGCGCCAGGUCGGAGCUGUGAGCCCCACACACCACAGAGCCUGCCCUGAGGGAUCUCAGGCUUCUCCCUGAGUCUCGAAGGAGAAGCCCACCUUCUCCCAGCUACACCCCGAGAAAAGAAGCUGAAAUCGCAGCAGGUCACUACCACUCCCUCCAAGGCUGGAACGCAUCACCCAGCACCAAGUUCUGUCUUAUCUGAUGCACAAAUCCCUAAAAAGGGAGAACUGUUGACAGGGACCAAUCAGCGGCCCCCUCUGCAGACCAUGCU